ACAGAGUCAACUGUUCAUUUUACUUCAAAAUCGGAGCUUGUCGUCAUGGAGACAGAUGUUCUCGGUUGCACAACAAACCAACAUUUAGCCAGACCAUCUUGAUUCAAAACAUCUAUCGUAACCCCCAAAACAGUGCACAGACGGCUGACGGCUCACACUACCAUUGCCCUCUUGAACAUUUACCGUAACCCUCAAAACUCUUCCCAGUCUGCUGACGGUUUGCGCUGUGCUGUGAGCGAUGUUGAGAUGCAGGAACAUUAUGAUGAAUUCUUUGAGGAGGUCUUCACAGAAAUGGAAGAAAAGUAUGGUGAAGUUGAGGAGAUGAACGUUUGUGAUAACCUUGGAGAUCAUCUAGUUGGAAAUGUAUAUGUAAAGUUUCGCCGUGAAGAAGAUGCAGAAAAGGCUGUGAUUGACCUGAACAAUCGCUGGUUUAAUGGGCAGCCCAUUCAUGCUGAGCUUUCACCUGUGACUGACUUCAGAGAGGCCUGUUGCCGUCAGUAUGAAAUGGGAGAGUGUACACGAGGAGGUUUCUGCAACUUUAUGCAUUUGAAGCCCAUUUCUCGAGAGUUAAGACGCGAGUUGUAUGGGCGUCGUCGUAAAAAGCAUAGAUCCAGGUCGAGGUCCCGUGAACGUCGGUCUAGAUCCAGAGAUCGUGGUCGUGGAGGCGGUGGUGGUGGAGGAGGAGGACGUGAACGUGAUAGGAGGCGGUCAAGAGAUCGUGAAAGAUCUGGUCGAUUCUGAGCCAUGCCAUUUUUACUGUAUGUCUGCUAGAAAGUGUUGUAGUUUGACCAAACAAGUUCAUAAUGAGAUUUUUUUUAAAGAUGGGCUUCUGAAUAAAAAAUUUGUAGUGAUACAGUAUUCUUUGUGUAACUUGUUUCUUGUGGGGGGAGUCUUUUUAACUGUCAUUCCUCUAUCUUGACAAAUACCUGGAUUAACUAUGCCUGAGGGAAGGUGGUAAAUGUAUUGGAGGAGCGCCAGUUUUGGUUUUGUUUUUUUUUUUUAUUUGGGUAUAAUUUGAACUGUUGAUGAAAAUGUGUGUGUAUAUAAUAUAAAAUAUUAUAUACAUAGUAAAAAUAAUAUACUGCUUAAGAAACAGUUACUCACAUAAGUUUCCCUUUUCUGCUAUGCUGUCUGCUUAUUUAGGUUAGUUUAGGCACAUUUAAAAGGAAGGCUGUGCAAAAUGCAUUUAUUUACCAAGUAGAAACGCUUAGUUACAAAAAUGUAUGUUUGUUUGUUACCAGAAGUCUGUGCUCUGUCUAUCAAUGUGACUGUGGCAUUUACAAUAAAUCCAAUUUCUUGGUGUAAAAUCUAAA